AUGGGUGAUAGAAGAAGAGGGAUCCCGACGACAUGCAGAUGCGGUGAAGCUGUAAGGAUGGGUACAUCGAGGACUGCCAAAAACCCUGGAAGAUUAUUUCACUCUUGUCCUAAUGGAUCAGAUGAGGAUCGAUGGUAUCACACGUUUAAAUGGACUGAUAAGAGUAUGGUUGAAGAGAUUGAGGAUUUGAAGUUAAAAGUGAAGAAUGUGGAAGAAGAUUCAAUCUCAUUACAAAAGAGUUUCAAUGCUUGUGAAUCAGAGGUUGAAACUCUACAAAUGGAAACUCGGGUUUGUGAAGCUGUAGUAGAAAAAGAGUUGCAAGAGUGCAAAAUGGAGCUUCGGAGCUUGAAGAAUAUGAUCGGAUGUGUUGUGGUGAUGAUGUUGGUUUACUUUUUUCUGUUUUGA